AUGGCCAGCCGUGCCCGCGGGAAUGGCCAGCCGUGCCCGCGGGAAUGGCCAGCCGUGCACCGACACAGGGUGCUGGUGCGGGUGACCGAGCUCGGCAGAACUUUAUGCCAGUAUAUACAGGCCUCUAAAACCCGAGAUGGUGGCAGCCGUUUCAUUUCAAGUGCAUCAGAAGGGGAAAACUUUGAACAGACUCCGUUAAGACGCACAUUUAAAUCCAAAGUUCUUGCUCGCUAUCCUGAGAAUGUUGAAUGGAACCCUUUUGACCAGGAUGCAGUGGGAAUGCUGUGUAUGCCUAAAGGGCUUGCUUUCAAGACACAAGCAGAUUCCAGAGAACCUCAGUUCCACUCUUUCAUUAUUACUCGUGAAGAUGGCUCACGGACAUUUGGAUUUUCUCUCACGUUCUUUGAGGAGGUCACUAGCAAACAGAUCUGCAGUGCAAUGCAGACGUUGUAUCAUAUGCACAAUGCUGAAUAUGACAUUCUUCAUACCCCACCCACAAGUGACAAGGAGAGCUGCAGCAGCACGGGAGACUGCAAUGGCACCUCUGUUUCAAAGCUACAGCGUUUUAACUCCUAUGACAUCAGCAGAGACACGCUCUACGUCUCAAAGUGCAUUUGUCUGAUUACUCCCAUGUCUUUUAUGAAAGCUUGUAAGAAAGUGCUAGAACAACUUCACCAAGCAGUGACUUCACCUCAGCCGCCACCGCUACCUUUAGAAAGCUACAUCUACAAUAUUCUCUACGAGGUUCCUCUUCCUCCAGCAGGAAGGUCAUUAAAGUUUUCAGGUGUUUAUGGACCAAUUAUCUGCCAGAGGCCAAGCACCAGUGAACUACCAUUAUUUGAUUUUCCAGUUAAAGAAGUUUUUGAAUUGCUUGGAGUAGAAAAUGUGGUUCAACUCUUUACCUGUGCCCUCUUGGAGUUUCAGAUACUGCUUUAUUCACAGCAUUAUCAGAGGUUGAUGACUGUGGCAGAGACCAUCACAGCACUAAUGUUUCCAUUUCAGUGGCAGCAUGUGUAUGUUCCUAUCCUUCCAGCAUCCCUCCUUCAUUUUCUAGAUGCUCCAGUCCCUUACCUCAUGGGCUUGCACUCUAAUGGGCUGGAUGACAGAUCUAAGCUGGAACUUCCUCAGGAGGCCAACCUGUGCUUUGUGGAUGUAGACAACCAUUUCAUCGAGCUGCCAGAAGACCUACCCCAGUUUCCAAAUAAACUUGAGUUCAUUCAGGAAAUUUCAGAGAUACUGAUGGCUUUUGGAAUUCCACCUGAGGGAAACCUUCACUGCAGUGAAAGUGCCUCCAAGAUGAAGAGCCUCAGAGCAUGUGACCUGGUUUCUGAUAAAAGAAAUGGGAACAUAGCAGGAUCACCUCUGAAUUCCUAUGAGCUGCUAAAGGAAAAUGAGACUAUUGCAAGACUCCAAGCACUUGUUAAAAGAACAGGUGUGAGUCUAGAAAAGUUGGAGGUGCGAGAGGAGACCAGUAGCAAAAAGGAUCUGAAAAUUCAGUGUGAUGAAGAAGAAUUCAAGAUUUACCAGCUGAACAUUCAAAUUCGUGAAGUUUUUGCCAACCGCUUCACACAAAUGUUUGCGGAUUAUGAAGUAUUCGUCAUUCAACCCAGCCAGGACAAGGAAUCUUGGUUUACAAACAGAGAACAGAUGCAAAACUUUGAUAAAGCAUCUUUCUUGUCGGACCAGCCUGAACCUUACUUGCCUUUCCUCUCGAGAUUCCUGGAGACCCAAAUGUUUGCAUCCUUUAUUGACAAUAAGAUUAUGUGCCAUGAUGAAGAUGAUAAAGACCCUGUUUUGAGAGUAUUUGAUUCUAGGGUGGAUAAAAUUAGGCUGCUGAAUGUCAGGACUCCGACUCUGCGCACAUCUAUGUAUCAAAAGUGCACAACCAUUGAUGAGGCUGAGAAAUCUAUUGAAUUAAGGCUAGCGAAAAUAGAUCAUACAGCAGUCCACCCACACUUGCUGGACAUGAAAAUUGGACAAGGGAAAUACGAGCUUGGAUUUUUUCCCAAGCUUCAGUCUGAUGUUUUAUCCACUGGACCAGCAAGCAACAAGUGGACAAAGAGAAAUGCUCCUGCACAGUGGAGGCGGAAGGACAGACAGAAGCAACACACGGAGCACCUGCGUCUUGACAAUGAUCAGAGAGAGAAGUAUAUACAAGAAGCCAGGAAUUUGGGCAGCACUAUUCGGCAGCCCAAACUGUCUAACCUCUCUCCAUCAGUAAUUGCACAAACCAACUGGAAGUUUGUAGAAGGCUUGUUGAAGGAAUGCCGAAAUAAGACCAAGAGGAUGUUGGUUGAGAAAAUGGGUCGAGAAGCUGUGGAGCUGGGUCAUGGUGAAGUGAAUAUCACAGGUGUGGAAGAGAAUACCCUGAUAGCCAGUCUGUGUGACCUCUUAGAAAGGAUAUGGAGCCAUGGUCUGCAAGUCAAGCAGGAUAGAAGCUGUACUGCUUUCGUCUUAGAAGACAGAGCAUCAGUAUACUCUGCUUCAACUCAGAUUUGGGCUUUUCAGACCACCAGACGGCCAACCCUUCAUAAGGGAAAGUCGGCUCUGUGGUCUCAUCUGUUACAUUACCUAGAAAACAGGCAGAGAAGAACCACAUCAGGCAGCUUCAGUACCUCAGGAAUACUUCUUGAUUCAGAAAGGCGAAAGUCUGAUACCAGUCCAGCCAUGUCACCUCUUAGAAUCUCUCUCAUCCAGGAUAUGAGGCAUAUCCAGAACAUUAGUGAGAUCAAAACAGAUGUUGGCAAGGCCAGAGCCUGGGUUCGUCUCUCUAUGGAAAAGAAGUUGCUCUCUAGGCAUCUGAAACAGCUGCUUUCAGAUCAUGAACUCACAAAAAAACUCUACAAGCGUUACGCAUUCCUCCGCUGUGAUGAUGAGAAAGAACAAUUCUUAUAUCAUCUCCUGUCAUUCAAUGCUGUUGAUUACUUUUGCUUUACCAAUGUUUUCACAACAAUCUUGAUACCAUACCAUAUAUUGAUUGUUCCUAGCAAAAAACUUGGUGGCUCAAUGUUCACAGCCAAUCCUUGGAUCUGUAUCUCGGGAGAACUGGGUGAGACAGGAGUCCUGCAGAUUCCCAGGAACAUAUUAGAAAUGACUUUUGAGUGCCAGAACCUGGGAAAACUGACCACAGUGCAAAUAGGACAUGAUAAUUCAGGGCUGUAUGCCAAGUGGCUCGUGGAAUAUGUUAUGGUCAGAAAUGAAAUAACAGGGCAUACUUACAAGUUUCCCUGUGGGAGGUGGCUUGGAAAGGGAAUGGAUGAUGGCAGCUUAGAGAGGAUCCUGGUGGGAGAGUUGCUGACUUCACACACGGAGGCUGACGAGCGGCAGUGCCGGACCCCUCCCCUGCAGCAGUCACCAAGCAUGAUCAGAAGAUUUGUCACUAUAUCGCCCAACAAUAAGCCAAAGUUAAAUACUGGUCAGAUCCAAGAAGCUAUUGGUGAAGCUGUUAAUGGGAUUGUCAAGCAUUUCCACAAGCCAGAGAAGGAGAGAGGCAGUCUGACACUGCUGCUGUGUGGAGAAAGUGGACUUGUUUCAGCUCUCGAGCAGGUGUUUCAGCAUGGAUUUAAAUCACCAAGACUCUUCAAAAACGUCUUUAUUUGGGAUUUUUUAGAAAAAGCACAAACAUACUAUGAGACCCUUGAGCAGAAUGAGAUGGUCCCAGAAGAGAACUGGCAGACAAGGGCCAGGAAUUUCUGUCGCUUUAUCACUGCUAUCAACAACACCCCAAGAAACAUUGGGAAGGAUGGCAAGUUUCAGAUGCUGGUGUGUCUUGGAGCCAGAGACCACCUUUUGCACCACUGGAUCGCCCUGCUUGCAGACUGCCCAAUUACAGCACAGAUGUAUGAAGAGAUAGCGCUGAUCAAGGAUCACACACUGGUGAAUUCUUUGAUUCGAGUGCUGCAGACCUUGCAGGAGUUCAACAUCACACUGGAGGCGUCUCUCGUCAAAGGAAUCGACAUUUGACCUCUCGUCCCACAGGAAAAACUGUCUUUACAAAAACAAAAAAAAGCAACAAGGAGUGAAUCUCGUUAGUAUGCAAAAGUUCUGUCUUGCCAGUACAUUGUAUUGUGGACUUGUUCAUGGCCCAAAAAUGCAACUUCGACUUUUCUUGAAGGAAACUCCAAAAAUAGUACAGGCAAAUGGAUAGAAGCUGUAAACUCAAUGUAAAAAAGAGGAUUUUGGUAUAAAUCUAUUUUAGAGUUUAUUUGCUGAUUUGCUUUUUACACACUUUCAUGUGAAAGAGAUAGAGAUGAGUAUUGUGCAGCUUAUUUUAAAGCUGCAGUAUUUCCUUGCCAUAGAAAAUGUGCAGUGAGCCUUUCAGCAUUCUGUGAACUUGCCUUCAGAUAUGCUGUAUGUCAUAGACCCCAAUGUAUACACUCCAUUUCUGCUGAGAAGGUCAUUCUAUAGUUUUUAAACUAAUAUUUUAUAUAUUAACAUUAUUACCAAUGUUUGAUUUUUAACGUAUUGGGUCAUGUUCUGCUGCAAGGGAACUACAGAUCUGAUGUGUACUUUUUUUUUUUAAUAGCUCCAAAGCACUGAUUAGUCAGCAAUUAUUUUUUUCCUUUAUUUUUGUUGUCAGUAUUAUUUUUAGUGAAAUUCAGGAGACUGAACCAUGAAAUGUCCAGAGAUCAAAGUAAUAUUUUUCAUAUUGGUACGUAAUUGCACAGAAGAAGAAAUUAAGUCUGUUUUUUAACUGAUGUUUUUUAUUUAUUUAACCUAUCAUUGUGUUUUGUAAGUUUGUCUUUAAGAAAAAAAGUCUAUGAUACAACUGGCUAAAUUAUGUUGCAAUUCAGAUUUUACAGUGUAGCCCACUUAAGUGAAAAACCUGGAAUAAUUGUUUGUAACACAAAAAUGUUUUCACUUAAACCAGCCUUUUGAAGUUUGGUAUAUGGUUGCUGCUGGUAAUUCUCUUAACUGCUAAUAAAGAGGGACACGAGUUCCCCAAAUGCCAGAUGACUAAAUAAAUAUGUUUAUGCCCCCCCUGAAAUAAUAAUGGUAUACCUGACUAACAAAUAUAAGGAUUCCUUAAUGUUUCUGAAAAGACAGUGAGUAUUGAGGCUUUUUCUUUUCUUUUUGAUUGCAUAUGUCUUAGAUUCUGUUGUCACAGUCUGGUUUAUUUGGGAUGCUUUGUUUUUAGCAGAGACAGCUUUACUCCAUUUCUACUAUAAAACACAAACAUUUCGAAAGCUUAAUUUAUUGGAGAUCUGGAACUUGGCAAAUGCCUAAAGGCAUCUCUGUUCAUUUGAAUCCUCUGAUAAAAAUCUCUUUGAAAUGAAUAUGUGACUUAAGAACAGGCUGAUUUAUCAGCAUCACAAAUUACUGUACAGAAGUUCAGGGCUGUGUAUUUAAGAGGUCUCCACUGUAUAAACUUAUCUCAGUAUUGUCUCUCUUUUGAGAAGCAGAGUCCAAGUUUUUUUUUGUUCGUACAAUGUUGUAGCACUUUUUCUUUACCUACAGCUUAGUCACAUCUUGUGAUAGUUUUACUUCCAUAAUUUAUGAGUAUAGCACAUGUAUUAAAUUUUGACUAUUUUUACUUUUGUCCUAUUUAUUUCAUUAUUAAACGGAGAAGUUCCUUUGUCACUACUUACCAGAGCAAGAUUCUUCUUUGAUUUCACAGUAGCAUUAGGAAGAUGUGAGGGCAGUGUCCAAGCCACUCCUCAUGUGGGGUGGGUGUGAAUUCUUUCACAGUGUGGAGCUUACAGGAGCAUUUCACAGACGUAUUUUAUAUGUGCAGGUAUGGUUUUGUUGUUUUGGGUUUUUUUUUCCAGCUUUGGAAGGGCAAAAAUAAAACAGUUGUACUUCAUUCUAAGAAUUUGAUGUAUUCAACUUAAUAUGUUGGGAUAAUCUUUAUACACUUGCACGAAAUUGCUUGUUGAUGCAUUCAUAAUAGCAAAACAAUAAUUUUACAGUGCUUUCAGCUGUCUCUGAGGCCUGUGCAUUUCACAGGGAAUAUAUCUGCCUAAGAAAGGAGCGUUCCAUAUCUUGACCUUAGCAGAUCAGUUGAUUCUGUUAAAACCUUUUAUCUCUGAGUACUAAAUAUGGAUUAAUUUUGUCUUGCAUGAGGUAAUUACCCUGAAUUAAGUUAUUUUCUUUUUUUUUCCUCUUUACACAAGUUCACCUAGUGUGACAUGAUACCAUUGGUUAAAUGGCUGUUUUGGUGUGGAUCUUUUUGGCCUCAUUAUGAAAGUUGAUGAUUCCUGGGAUGGAUAGAGGCUGGGGUUUGCUGAUUGCCAAGCACUGGGAAUCCCGUGGCUGGCUCAUGAGGGUGGAGCUGUCCAUCAGUGACAACAACCUGUGUACUGGCUGUCCAGGUGCAAAAGGAAGUCACAGAGGUCAUCUUCCCAGCUCCUCAGUUACUUUAUUUUCACAGGAAAAGCCACUUAAAUAUAGACCCCUCCUCCUUCUCUCACUGGGGGCGUAUGCUUAAUCCUGUUAGGAUUCAAAGCACUUUUUGCUAAGGACUUCCAAGCCUGGAAGGAUUUGCUCCACUCAAGGACCAAUAGAAGGUUCUGAAAUGCAGCAGAAAGAAAGCUGGUUUUGUUAGCUCCAUAAGCAACCAAGGAGGGCUAAGAUAUUAAAUACAGCUGUGUGGUAGCCUCUGCUAGGUUUUUGGGAAGAGAUUUGACUGGCAUGUCUAAGAAUGGUCCAGUCUGUAGUAGCAGUCAUAACUCCUGCCACUCUUCAGUGUUUGCCACAGACCAGCCUACUUCUUUCAUGGGUGUUCCUAGCAUGAGUCCAACUGAAUAAGGUUAGGAUCCAGCAUUAGCCCUUUCCAUGCCAUUCUUCUGAACUGGAUGACUGUAUAAGAACAAAUGGUGUGAUCAACACCUUUUUAACUAGAGCUUUAUAAAAUUCAUCUCCCUUUGCUCAGAAUAAUGCAGUUGUAACUUUUUUUCCUGUUUCUAAAAUAAGGGGGCAGGUUUAGUAGGGGCAGGUUAAUGUGGCUAGUCUGUUCUGUUGUUUGGGGGGGAUUUUUUGGUAACAGUUAAUGGGAAUUUUUUUUUUUUUUUACAACACACAUGCAUUCUGUAGAAAGAAAUACAAUGAUGAAAAAUGAGCAGUUCAUAAUGCAGUAAAUAUAUAGUGCUACAUUGGCCAAACGUGUUUACAGGCUGAUACCUGAUUUGAGGGGAAAAAAAAUAGGCUAUUGCCUAUCAGUUAUUUAUGCUUCUUUGAUUAACGCUGUCAGAGUUCAUACAGUGACACUUUAUACAGAAAAGAAAAUGCAAUAUAAUAAAAACUUGAUUUCAAUGUAAUGAAAUACUAUGAUGAUAAGUUUAUACAAAAAAAACCCUUUACCUGCCAUAAACUUUAACAUCUGACGUUCUGUAGCUGAAAGCAUAUUCAUGAACUGAAGACUCUUCCACAACUUUUUCCAUUGCAAAAGAGUAUUUUUCAAAUUGUUCAAAUGGGACCUACUAGCUGGAUGAUCCAUAUUUUUUAUGUGUUUUGAAUUCAUGAAUAUGUUAAGAUUUCUGCAGUGAAACUAUUCAGAGUUAACUUUUUCUGUAUAUUGUCAAAUGAUCUUUGUCCGUAGUGCAAGAUACUAUAGGAUACUUGAAAAUACUUGAAGAUAUUGUACACGUACUUCACAUCUUUGUAGUUCUUUAUUUUAUACCUAGAGGUUGGCUGUUAAACUAAGAUAAAGCAUCAGUACCUUAUAAACUAUAUAUUUUACUACACGGGGAAAUCACUGGCUUGGUUUUUUUAAGGGCCGCGUUGAAGUUUACAUUAUGAUGACAAAAACAGGUACUGUUUUCCUUUUUUAUUUUUCCUGUGACAUUUCAAUCCAUUGGACAUUAAAUGUGAAUUGGAUAUACAAA